GCAGCUUUGACCUUUUUGGCAGCACGAGCCCAUUAGCCAUCAGAUACUCGAAACUUUCGCCGCCAAUUUAGAAAAUACUCGACCUGUUGCACUCCAUCUCGUCUAUACGGCUAGAUCAGAUGAGGCCCGCAAUCGCAUGAUUUUGGAGAGAAUGGCAGAAGCUGGAGAGGAGGUGAAGUUGGUGGGUAGAUGGGGAAGUCCCUUUGUGGUCAGGGUGGGGAUCGCCCUCCACCUCAAGGGGGUGGGCUACGAGUCCUUGCAAGAGGAGUUCGGGAAAAAGAGCGAGAUCCUCCUCAAGUCCAAUCCCGUCUACAAGAAGAUCCCCGUCCUCAUCCACAAUGGCAAGCCCAUUUGCGAGUCCAUGAUCAUCGUCGAGUACGUCGACGAGGUAUGGGCCAGUGCAGGGCCUUCCAUCCUCCCCGCCGACCCCUAUGAGCGCGCCAUCGCUCGCUUCUGGGCUGCAUACGUCGACGACAAGCUUCCAUCGGCUGUCCGGAUCUUGUUAGGAUUGCUUGAAGGGAGCAAGGAACAAGCAAUGGAACAAAUAUUCACCACCGUCCAACUGCUGGAAGAUGCUUUCACAAAAUGUUGCAGAGGGAAAAGCUUCUUCGGCGGGGAGACUAUUGGCUACAUCGAUAUCGCCUUUGGUAGCUGGUUGGGGUGGUUGAAGGCAGUUGAGAAGAUGUUCGGCAUCAAAUUUUUUGACGGAGAAAAGUUACCUCUUUUGGUUGGAUGGGCGGAGCUUUUCUGCUCCAACGAUGCCGUGGUCAAUAUUAUGCCACAGGUCGAUACGUUGAUAGGAUACAGCAAGGUUUUUGAAAAAAAGAAUUGAGCAUGGUUCUAGCAGCCAUAUAUGCGACCCUGCAAAAAGCACUACUCUGUUUUAUUCAGGGGGAAAGCUUGCUCCCUGAGGAGUUUCCAUUAGCGUAAUGAGCUCUGCUAGCUUGACAUGAUCUGCUAGACCUCUACAUCUAUAUGUAUGCUUCUGUCUACAUUUUAUUUUAUCUUAUUUUUGUCUCCCAAUAAUUCGUCUAGUACCAUUAUUGUACCAGCUUUGUUAAUUGUUGUGAAUUGAGAUCAUUAUUGUUCAAUAAUGUUGAGAUUGAAAUA